AUGGGAAGUGAUCAAAUAAUGAAUAAAACCGUCAACGUUAACAAUUCAAACUCCACUCCAGAUGAAAUCGUGUCAGAAAGCAUAGUGCCGCCAAGUCUUCAAUAUGGCUUCGGAGUUCUUGGAAACAUCAUGGCUAUAUUUUUUCUCUGUCGUUCUGCCGGGGAAUAUAAAUGGAAACCUUUCUACAGAUUGGUAUGCGGGUUAGCCAUUACAGACUUGUGUGGGAUUGCCCUAGUCUACCCUGCCGUUAUGUUGCGCUAUACAUCUGGAUUUACUUACGAAUUUCCAAAGCCACUGUGUGAGUACUGUUCGUUCUGGUUUUCUUUUGCCUUCAUGUCUUCGGCGCUGAUCGUCAGUGCCAUGUCUUUUGACCGUUUUCUGGCUGUUUGUUAUCCAUUAUACUACAGGAAUUCCCAGGAUAAGAGAGCUAACGUCAUGCUUCUGGCGAUCUGGGUUUUUACCGCCACCGUGUCUUCUCUUAAUCUUGUAGGCAUUGGAUCCGCCAAAAACUUUUACCCGGGAUCCUGGUGUUUUAUAGACUUCGCUAACACGGGUGUCAUGGAAAGAAUUAACACGUACAUAUAUUCCAUCAUUGGCUUCGUUAUUCUAUCGAUAACAUUUGUCCUAAACGUAGCCGUCACUUAUUCCGUUUGCAGAAAACCGGUUGUAACGACUGUUUGCAACAAAAGAAAAAGAAAUGACAUUUACAUUAUCGUUUUCCUGUUUUCUAUAGUGACUCUUUUCUCCAUUUGCUGGGUUCCUUUAAUGGUUCGUAUGUUGACGAAUGCCAGCGCCAGGACUCCUAAGAAUGGACCAGAAGAACUUCUUGUCGUUCGACUGACCAUCAGUAACUCUAUUGUGGACCCGUGGAUCUACAUCAUUCUACGCAGAGAAAAUCUUGUCAAGAUAGCGGCUUUGAUUCGUAGACUUAAUAGUCGUAAACACAAGCAAGGAAACAUCUUCAAUAUUGAAACAUGUGCUGGUGGGAAUAGAAUGAACACAAGCGAACACACCCCGAAAUCGAGCAUUGCUUCUUGUACAACAGAAUUAUAA